GAUUUUUAUUUACCGUGAUAAGACACCAACUUUCGAGUUACAUAAAUACCCAAACGAAUAGUGGAAAAGUUUCAAAACAAAAUAAACACUACCUAUUCGUAUAUUCAAACAUUUAGUGAAAUGGAGGUGCCGCCACCACUUGUCCUCAAGCGAUCGCUGUUCGUUCCCAGCAAAACUUUGAUGGGCCCGGGUCCAUCCAAUUGCUCACAGCGCGUCCUUGAGGCCAUGAGCAACCCUGUACUGGGCCACAUGCAUCCAGAGUGUCUACAGAUCAUGGACGAGGUGAAGGAAGGCAUCAAAUACAUAUUCCAGACACUGAAUGACGCCACAAUGUGCAUCAGUGGAGCGGGCCACAGCGGCAUGGAGGCGGCUCUGUGCAACUUGAUCGAGGAGAACGACGUAGUGCUGCUGGGCAUCUCGGGCAUGUGGGGCCACAGGGCGGGCGACAUAGCGCGUCGGUAUGGUGCCGAUGUGCGCUUCGUGGAGGCGAGCUUUGGGCGUGCGCUGACGCUGGAGGAGAUUCGGUUUGCCUUCGAUACACACAAACCGCGCGUCUUCUUUGUGGCACAGGGCGAUUCCUCGACUGGCAUCCUGCAGCGCCACAUCAGCGAAAUCGGCGAUCUGUGCCGGCAAUACGAUUGCUACCUGGUCGUGGAUGUGGUUGCCUCGCUGGGUGGCACCCACUUCCUCAUGGACGAGUGGAAGGUGGAUGUGGCCUACACGGGCUCACAGAAGACGCUGGGCGGACCGGCUGGCCUGACGCCCAUUUCGUUCAGCAAACGCGCCCUGACCCACAUCAAGCAGCGGAAGACCAAGCCGAAGGUCUACUACUUCGAUGUGCUGCUCAUUGGCCAGUACUGGGGCUGCUAUGGCACGCCGCGCAUCUACCACCACACCAUCUCCUCGACCCUGCUCUACGGCCUGCGCGAGGCGCUGGCUCACUUCUGCGCGAUGGGCCUGAAGAACGUGGUGCAACGGCACUUGGAGUGCUCGCAGCGACUGCAGCUGGGCAUCGAGGAGCUGGGCCUGGAGAUGUUUGUGCAGCACGAGCCGGAUCGUCUGCCCACGGUCAAUGCCGUGAAAGUGCCCUUUGGCGUCGACUGGCGAAAGGUGGCGGACUACGCAAUGCGCAAGUACAAUCUGGAAAUCAGCGGCGGCUUGGGUCCCACAGUGGAGCAUGUCUUUCGGAUUGGUCUGAUGGGCGAGAAUGCGACACUGGAAAAGGUAGACAUGGUCCUCAGCAUCUUGAACGAGGCAAUUCAGAGCAUCAAGCUGCGAGCCAUCAAAACGGAACGUUCCAAAAUAUAAUAUUACCCAUUAAACUGAUUCAACUUUUA